AUGAAGUCCGCUCUCACCCUCCUGGCCUCUGCCAGCCUGGCCCUCGGCCACGCCACCUUCCAACAGCUCUGGGUUAACGGCGCCGACCACGGCACGACCUGCGCUCGUCUUCCUCGCAGCAACAGCCCCGUCGAGAACGUCAACUCGCAGGACCUGACCUGCAAUGUCGGCGGCAGGACCGCUGGCCACUUUGGCCUCUGCCAGGUCCCAGCCGGUGCGACCGUGACCGUGGAGAUGCACGAGCAGCCCAACGACCGCGACUGCAACCGCCCGGCCAUCGGCGGAAACCACUUCGGCCCCGUCAUCGUGUACAUGUCGGCCGUGAACGACGCCACCACCGCCGACGGCUCCAACCCCUGGUUCAAGGUUGCCGAGUUCGGCUACUCGCCCCAGCAGCAGCUCUGGGGUACCGACGUGCUGAACGAGAACUGCGGUCACUUCAACUUCGUCGUCCCCGCCGGCUUGCCGUCCGGCGACUACCUCGUCCGCGCCGAGGCCAUCGCCCUGCACGUGGCUGGCUCGCCUGGCGGUGCUCAGUUCUACAUGACCUGCUACCAAAUCACCGUCACCAACGGCGGCGGCUCUUCCGUCCCCUCCGGUGUCUCCAUCCCGGGCGCCUACACCGCCAACCACCCCGGCAUCCUCAUCAACAUCUGGACCGGCGACAUCAACAACUACGUCAUUCCCGGCCCUCCCGUCGUCUCUGUCUAA